GAAAAAUAAAGCGCAGUACCAAGAAUAACUGAUCUAUGGAUAGUACAUGCCGGCGAUCGCAAUGACCACGAAGAAUGAAAAUCGUGAUCACCUAUUUUAUUGAGAAAAGGUACUCAUACUCUCGACUAGAAGAUCGCAAAAUGCCAUCGUCCGUCGUGUUUGGCCACCACGACUACGUGAAAAUAAAGCUGUGUCUAUGUGUAACUCUAACUAUGCUGGGUCGCAGUUGAGCGAGUGGUGUACUGCUAUGGUCCAUUUGGUAUCUCGAGGCAGUUUAUAAAUUGAUUUGCAUCUUCGUCAGGCGUAGGUACCAGCGGAUUUGUUUGUUUAAUAGUUGCAUUUAUGUUGUUGUGGUGCAGCUUGAACGUUUUUACUAGCAAACGCUCCUACUACGUGCCUGUAUUGUGGCGCGUGUCCUUGGUCUCGUCGUCCCACGCAGUUCGACCCAUUAAGUACAUUUUUUCGAUUUCGACUAGUACUAGUAGCAUUAAAACAAAAUAAAAAAGACUCGUUUGUAAACCAUGACAGACGGCGCUGCGCCAGCUUCCAGUGAAGAUAAUGUCGGGCCGCAGGACAUCGAAGUGCGGAAAGAGGACCAAAACAAAAUCAACCGGUUUUCCAGGCUAAACACCGAAUACACCGAGCUCUCAGAGGAGAUCGAAGUGGUACUACCUCAACUUCUGCGAGGAACUGCUCUGUUUUUGUUACAUUGGGCUUGAACAAGAACAAGCUGGAACUGGAUCUGCAUCUGGAAUUGGCAAAGGAAACAUAAAAUUGAAAUAACCGCCCCCGUGGCCCGUGCCGUAACUGCGUGAAGAUGAAGAAAUGACAACCAUGAUCGUGAAUUAUAAUUAAGGAGCCCAGACACACGACAACUAUUUCUACUGUAUAUUGAAAGUUGCUGCACCAUAUGCAAUCUGGUCUACAUUUUUAAAGAAAGCACGAGAAGCCACGCUCAAGCUCAGCGUCGUCUUGCUUGUGCUUCAAGCGAAGCUUGUGGGCCUGUUUUCUUGUUCUGUGUUGCAUUGGAGGACUUAGGUACUUUACAUCUUCGCGAACUGUAUGUUGUAUGUAUGACGUGACGCAUUCUGACUCUUCAGGUGAAAAAGGAGCUGCAAAUGCUAACAGACGCAGAAGAAGAAGUGCAGUGCUGCCUGGAAGCGGAUGGCCUGAUGUAUAAAUUUGGGGACUGUUUCCUGCCCGUCGACGAUAUGGAAGCAUCGGAAAGAUUAGAGAAGCAGAAGACCGCUACCGAGCAGAAGCUGGCUGCUAUGACCGACAAAAUCGAAACUGUGAAAACCGAAAUGGACACGGCGAAGAAGGAACUCUACGACAAAUUCGGAACCAGUAUCAACCUCGAAAACUGAGCUUCACGUGCCCCCUGCUGCACGACACGAUUUCCAGUUCUAAGGUAGACGUCAAAAUACAUCAAUAACUGAUGUGAACAGGAAGGCGAAGGAAUGCGCUCCAACCGCACCGACCCUUUUCUAUCAUGUUGUACAAGCGACAGCGACAAGUCUGAAAGGCUUCUGUAAGGAGCAUGAAGAUGCGACAAGUUGAAGUUCUUUGAUGGUUUAUUUUUUAAACAAGAACUCAGCUGCGGAAUCCAUCAGUUUCAAUGUCAAAGAGAAAAUAAACUAACGCGACGCGUUGCGGUCGUGCGGAGCAGCCAUUGGCUCCCCUUAAUAUUUCCAUUUUGGCCUCGCGGUUCCGAUUGCAGUGGCUGCUGCAGCUGUUCUUUCAAAUUUGAAUGAGUUUUCUUUUGGUGUAAGCGGACAACCCGGGUGCUGCAUUCGACGCACCGGCGACGUCCCUUCUACAU